AUGUCGAACCCCCGUGUCAAGCGUGCCUUUGUCGACGCCUCUUCGGACCCCUCCCAGCGUCAGAUUACAUCUUUCUUCAACACCCACAGCAACGAGGGUGGCACUGGUACCACCGCUGAAUCCGUUCAGCCUCCCCAGUUGCCCGCCAGCAUCGAGGCCAAUCUUCUGAGUGUAGGCAUGCGUAUACGCAAAUCUGUUCCCGAGGGCUACAAGACCAAUUCGACCAGCGCCUUUAAGCUGUGGACGGAUAACACGCCGCUGCCCACCAGCUCCAACCCCAACGCCUCUGCUACAUCUCGUCCUGUGGCUGCUGUCUCUAGGGAGCUUCUACCCUUCUGUGGCAUCAACAAGAUUGGCGGCCUCGACUGCCAACCCACGACUACCCACCUAGACGAUUCAGAGGGGGUGCCCUCGAUUGACGAUAUACCCGGUCUCACGCUAUCGCAGGAGAGCGUCGAGAGCAGCGCUGUUGAGGCCAGCCCUAACAAUGUGCGCAAGCGUUUUUACGACGACGAUGACGACACCAUCGAGCCUGUGCACCAGUCUGUCUCGGCUGCUGACGACGUCAGCCCGCGCACCCUCACGCCCGUCGGCUUUGGCAACGCUCGCUCCCGUGCCAUUGCUGUGCCUCGGACCCGUACCCUCAAGAAGAACUCGGUGCCGGGAACGGAAACGGCCACAAUGCCCGUCGACCAAGAGAACAUGGCUGUUGACGGUGACUUUGAUGAGGCUGAUUUCCUUGUCUUUGACUCCAAUGGCCUGGAUACGACCAACUGA